AUUGACAUACCAUGAGGACCCUUAGCGUCUUGAUAUCUCUUGCAACUCUGUUUGCCUUGUGUGCUGCCCAGCAAACCGUUAACGGCAAUCACGGACGGGAGAAUGCCUUCUCGAAGAUCGUUCCCCGUUUGCUGUGGAACAUCAAGCGCGGAGAGCACCAGGAGAGCCAUCGAAACACCCAGCAGCCCAUCAUAAUAGUGCAGCAGCCCAGCCCGAGCUCGGACCACGAGUUGGACAGACACCACCACCACCACAACCCGCACUACCCCUACUACCCGUACUACCAGCCACCCCCACCGCCGCCCAGCCGUCCACCCCCGCAGUUUCCCGGAAUGGAAUACCUGAACAGUGCCGGUGGCGGACCCACCUACUUGAUCAUCAACCCCAACAACAUGCAGGGCAUCUACCUGCCGGCCAGCAGUUCCAACAGCUCCAACUCCACCAGUUCCCGCCGCAGCGCUUUCGUGCCCUCCAUCGCCGAUUUGCUGCAGGGCCUCAGUCUGGACGACCUUGCCGAUGGCAGCCUGUUCGAGAACGACUCCGAAGUGGUGGACGCGGCAGAGGACGGAAUCGGGGCUCCCAGCUCUGAGGAUUCCACCCAGGCUGUCCAGGCUGCCCAGGCUGUCCAGGCUGUCCAGGCUGCCCAGACUGACGACGAUCGCGAGGAGGAUGAGAUCAGCGAGGACGUGGUCGAGGCCGUCGAGCGGCAGACCAACCGUGGUCUAAGUCCCAAGCAGCUGGUCUCGAUCAUAAUGCAGGACAAGCGGCGUCGCCGCAUCCAGGAGGUUCUGGCCGGCAUCUAUCUGAGGAACUACAGCCUGAACAGAAAGUAA